AGUGGGAUACGGUAUAAUGGAUAAAUAUCCAAAGGUACACGUAUUGUUGGAUGGUUACUGUAUACAGGCAAAAGAAAACGAUUGUUCAGAAGCAUCCGGUACUGUAACGUUGAUUUUAACUGAAGGGAAGAAAAUCCUGGUGGAUUGUGGUGAUCCGUGGAAUGGUGCAUGUGUUAUCCAAGCACUUUCAAAAUAUUCAUUAAAUUGUGAUGACAUCACCGAUCUGAUAAUAACUCAUGGACAUAGUGACCACUGCGGUAAUUUAUCACUUUUCAAACAAGCCAAGAUUUAUAUGGGUGAUGAUGUGGCCAAAGGUGGUAUUUAUGAAAUUUAUACGGGUAUUUGGAGAUUAGAUAAUUCUGUGCAGGUAAAACCGACUCCUGGCCAUACUGACCAUGAUCGUAGUAUCAUCGUGACAGGCACCGAAUAUGGAACAGUCGCUAUUGUAGGUGAUAUUUUUGAAGAGGAAAAUGAUGAUGACAGCUGGAAAGCAAACAGCAAAUAUCCGGAAGAGCAAAAGAAAAGUCGUGAAAUAAUAUUAAGUGAAGCAGAUUGGAUUGUUCCUGGACAUGGUACAAAUUAUCGGGAUGAAAUUUACUAAAGCAAUUUCUUGGGACGAACUCAAAUUAUAGCUUCCGUUUGCAGCAAUAAACUUAUAUUUCGAAUUCAUAUGUUUCGGAAGGAGUUGAAGUUAUCGCUUCUUCUUGCGUGCAACAGUAAAUCUAUACUUUAACAGUGAUACGAUAAGCGCAGCAAGUAUACCAUAUUGCUUUGCUGAUGAAUCCUUUUGGAUGGGACCGUAAUGUGGCAUUAGUUGAUAUCGGCGUGGAAUUGUGCUUCUAAAUUUGAAUGUUACGAUUGUUAAUUGAUUAUGGACUUUUCCACCUGUGACUUUUCCGCCCG